AUGGCAGCCACCGACGACUCAUUCCAUCUCUACUCCUACUUCGCCUCCUCCUGCUGUCAGCGCGUCAUCAUCGCCGCCCACCUCAAAUCCAUCCCCCUCACCUUCACCUUCCUCGACCUCGCCACCGACGCGCACCUCGCCGCCCCCUACCGCGACAGCCUCAACCCCAGCCGCACCGUGCCCACCCUCGUCGUCACCCAUGGCCACGACCAUAAGACGACCAUCAUCCGGCAGUCCCUCGCCAUCCUCGAGUACCUCGAGGAGCGCCUCCCCUCUCCCUCCCCGCUCCUGCCGGGUAGCCCCGAGCAGCGCGCGCUGGUCCGUGACCUCGUCGGCAUCAUCGUCGUCGACGUCGCGCCGCCGACGAACUCCCGCAUCACGCAGCGCGUCAGGGACAUUCGCGGGGAGCGCGACGACCAGCGCGAGUUCGCGAGGGCGUGCUUCACGGACGGGCUGCGCGCGUACGAGGCGCUGCUGGCGGGGACGGCGGGGACGGCGGGGACGGCGGCGGCGGGCGCCUUUUCGGUGGGCGAGGCGGUGACGAUGGCGGACGUCUGUUUGGUGCCGACGGUGGACCAGGCGCUGAUGUAUGAGAUGGACAUUUCGUUUGUGCCGAGGGUGAAGAGGCUGUACGAGAGCCUCAAGGCGCUGCCGGCGUUUCAGGCAGCGGACUGGAGGAGGCAACCCGACACGCCUGAAAAGUAUCGCGUGUAA